CCCCCAACAGCCAGGAAUUUUCAUUUUGUGAGCUCUUACAUUGGAAGAUUUCGUUCUGAGACUGGAUUAGUGUGCGAUCAGGAGAGUAUGGAAAGUUUCAGAGAAAGAGGCACUAACCAGUCGGAGCGGUUGGCAAACAUUAGAAAAGCCUCCCGCCUAGCUGACGAAGAGAAAAAUCCUUGUUUACAUGAGCAGGAGAUAUCAUACAGAUGCCUGAGUGAAAAUGACUAUGACCGUGACAAGUGCGAGAUGGCUUUUCAGAACUACCAGAACUGCAGAGCUUUCUGGAAUCUAAUCAUGAAAGAACGAAAGAGAAACGGAAUUUCUCCAGCAUUACCUCCCCUGAGUGAGAGAGAUGAUAUACGUGCAGCUAGACUAUUUAAAAGCACAGCUACAGCAUAAUGAUUACAACAAGGAGACACAUUAUGAGAAUGACAUUGCUUCUAGGAAAUGAAAAUAUUAAAGAGUAUUUGUUUGGAUCCAUUUCUAAUAGAAUAUUGUAUAUUUAUUUUUCCCAGUUAAAUGACAGAGUGUUCUCCAUCACCUACAUGUAUGUUUUCCUCAUCAGCUAUGUCUGCCUCAUCAGCUAUGUCUGCCUCAUCAGCUGUGUCUGCCUCCUGGUUGCCCAGUAAAACAUGGUUGUACAAGUCAGGAUAAACCUGAAUCGAGGAUGAUGUCAGAGCGGACAAAUAAAUAAAUAAAUAA